CUUGUCUAUAAAGCAAUCAAACAUAUUAACUUCACCUUGUUUGAUCUGAGACCAGUUUAUAUUUUUCUUUCCCUAAAGCUAAUUAUUAUCAUUCUUUCUUUUUAAAAUUUUGGUGUGCUUGAAAUGGAAAAGCACCUCAACCCAAUACCUUCAACGCAAACGCCAACAACUUUCGUCGAGGUUGAUGCAAACACCUUCAAAGACCUGGUCCAGAAACUCACAGGGUUCACCAACGACACAGAGAAGCUCCCCGUAACUCUCCCUGGAAGGGUUUCCUCGAAAACAUCCUCACACGGCGGUGACCACCCAACGCCUCCGAUCCGUCCACCGUUCAAGCUCCAAGAGCGUAGGCAACAACACAGCAUGAGAAAGCUCGAGAUCAAACUCGGUCUCACAACUCUACGUAACUACCCUAGUGAAUGCGCCUGCUUCUUCCAGGAUCGCCUGCUUGAAUCGCCGGUGACACCACUAGGGUCGUCUGAAUCACUCUUUUACUCGAGUUCUGGUACUUUAUCACCAUCGUCUCCGGCGGUUUCGGAAGAGGAAAAGGCGAUUGCAGAUAAGGGUUUUUACUUGCACCCGUCAACGUCAAACACACCUAGGGGAAACCGAUCACCGGAGCUCUUGACUCUUUUUCCGCUUACUUCACCUAGUCAGGAAAAACGAGAUUAGGGCUAUGUGUUUAAGUUGUUGUUUUUGCUUUUAAUCAUUUGUAGGUUAAAAGUGCUGUUAUUGUGGUUGUAUCUUUGUUUAAUUAUGAUGGAGAGUUUGGUAUUGCUUGAUUUCUUGAUAA